GUUCCUCUCUUUUACUAUAAGAUUUGAUUUCCUUGUUUGCGUGCUGUCAAAUCUCUUCUAGGGCUCUCUCUCUCUCUCUCUCUCUCUCUCUCUCUUCGUGUGUCAAGUCGAAGCGAAGCCACAUAAGUGUCGUGAAAUCAUCGUCUUUUCGUUCCUUUUAACUCCUCCCAUUUUCUGAUCAUUCGCCAUUGUCUUAACUCUAAAUCCUACGUUGGCAAAGCUCCUAAACCAGUGCCCAGAAACAUUUUCUUCUUGUACUUCCAGUACUUAGAAUAUCAUUCAGAGGCUCUGCCACAUGGUGUGCUUUUGAUACUUUUAUGGUCAAUGACAUGCCUGAAGGUUGCCGAUAUAUUUGACGGAGAUGGAUAUCGCUGGUCUCUUAACUUCAGCUGGUAUCAACAUAGGUCUGUGUCUGGUGUUAUUAUCACUAUAUUCGGUGUUGAGGAAACAACCAAGCAAUGCAUGUGUGUACUUUGGACAAAGGCUUGCUCAGUUGCAGUCAAAAGGGCGAGAUCAUUUCUCAUUUGACAGAUUUGUUCCGUCCCCUAGAUGGAUAGUAAAGGCCUGGGAAGCAUCUGAAGAAGAAAUAUUGGCUUGUGGGGGCUUGGAUGCAGUGGUUUUCCUCAGAAUAGUUGUUUGCAGUAGACGAAUCUUCUCCAUUGCUGCUGUGAUUUGUAUUCCUUUUGUGCUUCCGUUGAAUUAUUUUGGCAAAGAGAUGAGGCACCGGCAUAUCCCUUCAGAGUCGUUGGACGUGUUCACAAUUGGGAAUGUCAAAGAAGGGUCAAAAUGGCUUUGGGCCCAUUGCCUCGCACUGUAUGUCAUAUCCUGCUCUGCUUGUGUUCUUCUUUACUUCGAGUACAAACACAUAACAAAGAUGAGGUUGGAGCAUAUAGUUGGAUCUUCUCUGAACCCAAGUUACUUCACAAUCCUUGUUCGUGCUAUCCCAUCUUCAGCGGAAGAAUCGUGCAGUAAUUCAGUGAAAAAUUUCUUCACACGUUAUCAUGCGUCGAGUUAUCUGUCACACCAAAUGGUUUAUCGGUCUGGUACAGUUCAGAAACUAAUGGAUGAUGCAUCAAAGAUGAUCAAGUGCACUUCAACAGAGCAGUUUGGGUUGUACUUGAAGGGCUGUGGUCUUUGUGGAGGAGCUGCACAUUCCUUCAAGGUUCUUUCCAGUGAACCGGAAAGUGUUAGGAGUGGAAAUGAGAUGGUCAAUCCAGAAUUAAGAGAUAAGGAGUGUGCAGCUGCUUUGGUUUUCUUCAAGACUCGCUAUGCAGCUUUGGUUGCUUCACAGGUUCUUCAAUCAGCAAAUCCUAUGUCAUGGGUCACAGACUUAGCUCCAGAACCACAUGAUGUGUAUUGGAAAAACCUUAGUAUUCCAUAUCGACAACUUUGGGUUCGUAGGAUAGCAACUCUUCUCGCCUCUAUUGGUUUCAUGAUUUUGUUUAUCCUUCCUGUGACUUUCGUACAAGGUCUCCUUCACCUAGAGCAACUGCAGAGAAGAUUCCCAUUUCUUAGAGGUGUUUUGAAGAGCAAGUUUAUGGUCCGUCUGAUAACAGGGUACCUUCCCAGUGUAGUACUGAUGUUGUUUCUGUAUGCUGUUCCCCCAACAAUGAUGAUGUUUUCAACAAUUGAGGGGCCUAUCUCUCGUAGUGGCAGGAAAAAGAGUGCAAGCGUCAAAGUCUUGUAUUUCUUAAUCUGGAAUGUCUUCUUUGUUUACGUUUCGUCAGCGAAAGUUUUAGAACGAUUGGGCUUGUUUUCUAGUCCCAAAGAUAUGACUGCACAACUUGCCACAGCAGUACCGGGACAGGCAACCUUCUUUAUGACUUAUGUUUUGACAUCAGGAUGGGCGAGUUUGGCCUCUGAAAUCAUGCAACCAUAUGCUCUUCUAUGCAACUUUGUCUAUAAAUACAUUCUCAGAAAAAAGGAUGAACCAUCUAAUGGCACUUUAUCUUUUCCGUACCAUACGGAAAUCCCAAGGGUUCUCCUUUUUGGAUUCCUUGGCUUCACGUAUUCUCUGAUGGCGCCUUUAAUAUUGCCCUUCUUGCUGGUUUACUUUUUCCUUGCAAGUCUUGUGUACCGUAAUCAGAUUCUCAAUGUGUAUGUCACGAAUUAUCAAAGUGGGGGCCAGUUUUGGCCUAUAAUGCAUAACACCACAAUCUUUUCGUUGGUGCUGACACAAGUAAUAGCCAUUGGUGUCUUUGGACUUAAACGAUCGACAGUUGCAGCAGCCUUCACCGUUCCACUGAUUAUUUUUACUCUCCUCUUCAACGAGUAUUGCAGGCAGAGGUUUCAUCCAGCAUUCAAGGACAAUGCUGCACAGGUCCUUAUGGAGAUGGAUCGUAAAGACGAACAAUGUGGGAGUAUGGAGGCGAUUCAUAAGCAAUUGCCUUCGGCUUAUUGUCAGUUUGCAUACACUCCCAAUAUCUUGCGGAAAGCUGUGUCCCUAAACCUUUGCAAGGAUGGAGAUGAUGUUAGCAUUCGCAUCCCAGAAGACACGAAUCCAGGAAGCAAACCCGCUCAAGGAAAUGACUCACGGGGUCCUUCUAGUAUGGAGAUUGAAGAACUGAAGAAGUAGUAGAUGGAGGCUUUUAUUUUGGCAAGUGAGGAAACAAAGAAAAUGAAGAAAAAAGGCGUGAUUUAUAGUGUACAUACGAGAAUUUUGAUAUUCACAUGAAUUUUUUUUUUAAUCCUCUGUACACAUGCAUUUUUGUAGGGCAACAAAGUUGCUGAUAAUCAUUUGAAACCUUUGUACAGCAGAUACAGAGCGUUUGACAUGCAUAGAUAAUGAAUCUCUGGUUUUCUACCCUUUUAUGAA